AUUCAACUCUUCGAGUAGUAGAAGAAGACCUCUUGCACAAUUCUUCCGAGGGCAGAAAAGUAAGAGUAAGGUAGGAGGAUACAAGAUUAGAGCUGCCAAGGUCCAGGAGUUAAUUUGCUAGAGAUGAGCGUUGAUUCCUUCAGCUUUCCUUCUAACCCUGUGCACAAAAAAUGCCAAAGAUUUAACUUUUGUGCACUCCCUUUUUCCAGUGAACAACAACAGCGUUCAGGAAAGUCCUUAUUAUGUAAUUUUCGGGGUGCUGAACUGCCUUGAGACAUUUCAAUUUGAAAGUCUGAUGUGCUCGAUAAGUACUGUUUUUUUUUUUUUUUUUUUUCCUUUCUUCAUGCCCAAACUACGUGGACAUGUUUAAUGUUUAAGUAGGGUCACUAAGGUCUAUGCCAGGGCUUUGUUUUAGAGAGUGGUACGAGCACUUUAACAUUUCAUAUUCUAAAACAUAAGACAGAGAACUAAAUCUUUUGUGAGGAGUAUGCUUUGCUGCAUAUCCCAGUACUUGGUGCUAACUGAAAUCACAAUGCUACCUAGACAUACUAUUCUCUUUUUUGUCGUGUUCACUUUUUCUGGUAGCAUCAACAGUGUGAUGUAGGAAUUGAUGAUGGAGCCAAUUGAUCUGGACAGUUAUCUCCUUUUUAUAAGGACAACCAAUCUGCACCUCAAGUAUAAUGGAAGAAGCUACUCAAAUGCUGGACGCUUUCUCUCCAUUCGAAGUUUCCCCUGGUCUGGCUCAUCCACUAGGAGUAUCAGAAAUUGAAAGUGGAAUAAAUUUUGCAAUUUUUUCUCAGCAUGCUUCUGCUGUUACGCUUUGCAUAAUUCUUCCAAAAAGUAUUCAUGAUGGAAUGAUUGAAUUGGCAUUGGAUCCACUGAAGAAUCGCACGGGAAACAUAUGGCACAUAUGCGUUGAGGAGUUGCCCCGAGGUGAUGUCCUUUAUGGUUAUCGCAUUGAUGGACCACGAAAUUGGCAUGAAGGGCAUCGAUUUGACGAUAGCAUCAUUUUGAUUGAUCCUUACGCAAAACUAAUUGAAGGUCGGCGAGCUUUUGGAGAUGAUAACAAUAAAAUGUGUAGAUUUUUUGGAACUUAUGAUUUCAACAGCUUGCCUUUUGACUGGGGAGAAAAUUACACACUUCCAAAUAUACCUGAGACAGAUCUUGUUAUAUAUGAGAUGAAUGUCCGUGCUUUUACUGCUGAUGAAACAAGCGGUGUGGAUCCAGAUCAACGGGGAAGCUACGUUGGUUUGAUUGAAAAGAUACCACAUCUUCUGGAGCUUGGCGUUAAUGCAGUAGAAUUAUUGCCUGUCUUUGAGUUUGAUGAACUGGAGUUGCAAAGGCGACCUAAUCCGAGAGAUCACAUGAUCAAUACAUGGGGUUACUCAACAAUAAACUUUUUUGCUCCAAUGAGUCGAUAUGCAAGUUCUGGUGGGGGACCUGUCAGUGCUUCCCGGGAGUUCAAAGAAAUGGUCAAGGCCUUGCAUGGCGCAGGAAUUGAGGUCAUUUUAGAUGUUGUUUAUAAUCACACAAAUGAAGCUGAUGAUGAAAACCCGUAUACAACCUCAUUCCGAGGAAUAGACAACAAGGUUUAUUACAUGGUGGAUUUGAACAACAAUGCUCAGCUGCUGAACUUCUCUGGAUGUGGAAAUACUUUUAACUGCAACCAUCCUGUAGUCAUGGAACUUAUACUUGAAAGCUUAAGACACUGGGUCACCGAGUAUCAUGUCGAUGGAUUUCGCUUUGAUCUUGCUAGUGUUCUUUGCAGAGGGACAGAUGGUACUCCCAUUGAUGGUCCCCCCCUUGUUAAGGCCAUUGCCAAAGAUAGUGUACUGUCGAGGUGCAAAAUUAUUGCUGAGCCAUGGGAUUGUGGAGGCCUUUAUCUUGUUGGAAAGUUUCCAAACUGGGACCGGUGGGCUGAGUGGAACGGGAAGUACCGUGAUGAUAUUAGAAGAUUUAUAAAGGGCGAUUCUGGCAUGAAAGGAAAUUUUGCAACCCGUAUCGCAGGUUCAGCGGAUCUGUACAGGGUGAACAAGCGAAAGCCGUACCACAGUGUCAACUUUGUGAUUGCACAUGAUGGUUUUACCUUGUAUGACCUUGUUUCAUACAAUAGUAAGCACAAUGAUGCAAAUGGUGAAGGUGGCAGUGAUGGAUGCAAUGAUAACUUCAGUUGGAAUUGUGGAAUUGAAGGUGAAACUUCAGAUGAAAAUAUUAAUGCUCUGCGUUCACGGCAAAUGAAAAAUUUUCAUUUGGCACUGAUGGUUUCGCAGGGAACAGCAAUGAUGCUUAUGGGGGAUGAGUAUGGGCAUACCCGCUAUGGAAAUAAUAACAGUUAUGGACAUGAUACCGCUAUCAACAAUUUCCAGUGGGGACAGUUGGAAGCAAAGAAGAAUGAUCACUUCAGGUUCUUCUCCAAGAUGAUUAAGUUUCGCCUGUCGCAGAGUGUUUUUAGAAAAGAAAAUUUCAUUGACAAGAACGAGGUUACCUGGCUUGAGGACAACUGGUACAAUGAAGAGAGUAGAUUCCUUGCAUUUAUGCUCCAUGAUGGGAAUGGAGGAGAUAUUUACUUAGCAUUUAAUGCGCACCACUUUUCCGUCAAAGCAGCAAUACCUUCACCACCAGGAAAUAGAAGCUGGUACCGAGUGGUGGACACUAAUCUGAAAUCUCCUGAUGAUUUUGUUACUGAAGGCGUGGCUGGCAUCAGUGAAACUUACAAUGUUGCACCCUACUCUGCUAUUCUUCUUGAAGCAAAGCAAUAAUUACCGGGAUUAUACUGCUCUAGAUAUUUUGUCCAUGGGCUAUCACCUUCUUCUGGAUUGGAUAGUUUGUAUCGAAAUUCAGGCACUAAUAAAAGCAUACAGUUAGCCUAUAGCUAAUGUAGUAGAGCAGAAAUUAUGUGAUAAGCAACCAGUUUGUUCAGGCUGCUAUUCACAGGUA